AUAUAAAAGCUUCACUAUCACAGCUGAAUUAUUCCUUUCUGUUUUCCUAAAAUAAAAAUUUUUAAUUUUCUGAGUAUGAAAAUCUGCUCUAAUUGAUGCGAGAAAGCAACGAAAACAACUAAGAAAUGGCCGCCGCUUCUCUGCAGAUUGUGAAAUCCACUUUGCUAACUCCCGUUUCGGUUCCUCACUCUAAUUUCCCCGGAAAAUCGGAUUCUUUCGGGAAAGUGGCGCUCCGUUUUAGAAGUUAUAAACGGUCGAAUAGCUCCGCCGGCAGGAAUUUUAGGGUUUGUUGUGCUGUUCAAGACCGCGAUAAUAAUCAAACCAACGGUGAAGAGCCUCCAGAGUCAUUAUUUAUGAAGGAACUAAAGAGAAGGGGCAUGACUCCAACUUCAUUGCUUGAGGACACAAAGAGGACAGAUUAUGGAUUGGAUGGUGAGACGAAAUUGAGGGAAGAAGAAAGAAGUUUCUCAAAAAGAAAUGCAGUCUCAGCUAAAUUAGAUAAAAGUCUAUCUAAUCAAAGGGAGCGCUCCAUGGCAUUGAAUAGUGAAGGCCUUGAGGGGUUGAUUCCACGAGCUAAACUCCUUCUAACACUUGGGGGAACAUUUUUCUUGGGAUUUUGGCCAUUGAUCCUUAUAACUGUGGCAUCUUUUUCUGCCCUCUAUUUGUAUUUUGGGCCAACCUUUGUUCAUGAUGGAAGUCAGACCCCUAUUUCACCACCACAGUAUGUUGAUCCGUAUGCGCUAUUGGAAGAUGAAAGGAUAUCACAAAUCGCUCCUCGUGUAAAUUGAAGGACCAAAUGGGUUUUACCUACACUACAUUCUUAAACUUUAAUUAUAGAUAUCUGUAGCAUAAUUUAUUCGCUUUUGCUAAUUCUUUCUGUGUAAAUCUAAAAGUAAAUAAGAACUUUUCUCAAUUCUCGUCAAAGGUAAAGUUUGCAUGCUUGGCUCCAUUUCCCAUGCU